CUCUCUUACCUGCACCCCCCCAGCUCUCCCCACCCUUUGUAUCGAACAACCCCAUCGACACAAUCGUCUCCCAUUUCCUCUUGCGUACACCCCCCAAAUUCCUCCCCUUCAUCCUCCCAUGCCCUUAGUGCACACCCCCUCCUCUCUUGCCUUCCAUCUCACACACACACGCCCUGCUCUGGAUCUCGGGGCAUCCCCCAGCCCCCCUCGGGUGUUGGGAGUAUUCCUGCACCCCCCACACCACAGGGCUGCUCCUGGAUGGGACAGGGCAGGGGACUGGAGUCCAGCUGCAGAGAAGGACCAAACUGUUCUCUGCUGUGGGAAACUGAGGCACGGGAAAUGUCUGAGCAGCUGGCAGGUCAGUGCCACCAGCUCCACACCUGCCCUGCUCACCUUGCAAGGGCUGGGCCUGGCUCCAUCCUGUGGCAGGUGAUGCACUCUUUGCAGGGAAUGUGUGUGUUCAUUGACAGCACAAUAUUCCCUGGCUUAGAGGGAAUCCUCCAGGAGGAGACCCAAGCAGGAGCAACACCCAUGAAGCCACAGCUGUGGUCAACCCGAAAGCACCAGGGAAAACUGACCCACCCCAGUGUUGAGAGACCCUCGGUGGGACUCCCUCCCAUGUUCCAAAUCUUAUAUAGGGAGGCUGUAAAUUACAUUCUCCCCCACCAUGUCCCCAGAGCACUGUGACCAGGGGACCCAAAAAAGAGGAGAGACCAGGCUGAGAAGGGAUUCUGGCUUCCCACGCUGUCAGAGCAGCGCGAGGCUGCUGUCACCUCACAUCCUGUGUCAGCCCUGGCUCACACCGGGGAACGCUGGCGGUUUUCCUCAGCCCCACCACAGCCUUCAGCCUCGCUGAGGAGCCUCUGCUCCCGUUUCCAUCCCGCCUUCCCCCUCCGCGGCCUCGGUGGCUGUGGCCCAGGGCAGAACAAUGCCUGGUCCAAGGCUCCGUGCAGCCCCGUCCCCCAGGCAGCCCUUUGCCAAGUGGGAAAUCCGGGGCAGAGUAACCUACUUUCUGUGCUCACAAGGAGCUUCUGUCCCAGCCAAGCAAGGUGCUGAGCACAGCGCUGCCCUCCCGGGGCUCCAUGUCCCGCUGGGCUGCUCUGGGGAUGGGAGAGGCAGGGAUGCUGGUGGGACCCUCGUGGGGCGCAUCCCUGCCGCCCCCCGCCAUGCCCACCGCCCUUCGGCUGCUCUGCGGGGUGGUGGUGCCCGCUGCCCUGCUCUGCGCAGAGCCCCUGCCCCGCCUCGCCUUCCCCAGCGCCAGGACAACAUCUCCCAUUACGACAUCUUCCUCCUGGACGAGAGCGAGGAGGAGCUGUACGUGGGGGCACGCGACUGGCUGCUGGCCCUCGCUGUUGGCACCCCCGGCAGCAUCCGUGCCAAAGCCUCGAUAAUGUGGGGAGCCACAGAUGAGAAAACCUCUGAAUGUGCUUUUAAGAAGAAGAGCCAAGAGACUGAGUGCUUCAACUUCAUCCGAGUCCUGGUGGCCCUGAACCAGACCCACCUCUACGUCUGUGGGACCUACGCCUUCAGCCCCGCGUGCACCUACAUUCACCUGGAAAACUUCACACUGGUGCCCAGUGGCAGAGGACAGCCCUUCCUGGACGGGAAGGGCCAGUGCCCCUUCGAUCCCAAGCACACUUACACGGCCCUGCUGGUGGAUGGGGAGCUCUACGCUGGCACCAUGAACAACUUCCAGGGCAACGAGCCCAUCAUCUCCCGCUCGCUGGGCACCCGCACGCUGCUCAAGACCGACGCCUUCCUCCGCUGGCUCUCGGCCGACGCCGCCUUCGUGGCCUCCUUCAGCAUACCUGAGGACGACAAGGUCUACUUCUUCUUCGAGGAGACAGCGGACGAGUUCGACUUCUUUGAGAAGCUCCUGGUGCCACGGGUGGCCCGUGUCUGCAAGAGCGAUGUAGGGGGGGAAAAGUUGCUGCAGAAGAAGUGGACAACAUUCCUGAAGGCACAGCUGGUGUGCUCCCAGACUGGCCACUUCCCCUUCAACGUCAUCCACCACACCUUCGCCCUGCUCCGCCACGACGGCCGCGCCGACUUCUACGCAGUGUUCACCUCGCAGUGGCAGGCAGGCAGGGCGGGCAGCGCCGCCGUCUGUGCCUACAGACAGGAGGAUCUGGAGAAGGUCUUCGAGGGCAAGUACAAGGAGCUGAACAAGGAGAGCUCUCGCUGGACUGUCUACAGUGGCCCUGACAUGAGUCCCCGGCCUGGCAGUUGCUCCAUGGGUGCCUCCUCGGACAAAGCCCUCUCCUUCAUGAAGGACCAUUUCCUGAUGGACGGGAAGGUGUCCCCCAUGCGGGGACAGCCUCUCCUGGUGAAGUCAGAUGUCACCUACACGCGCAUCACCGUGCACGAGACCCGCGGCGUGUCGGGGACCACGUAUCGUGUCAUGUUCCUGGCCACAGCUGAUGGUCUCCUGCACAAGGCAGUGGAGCUGUCUGGGGGUGCCCACAUCGUGGAGAGCAUCCAGCUCUUCGCAAGGCCAGAGCCGGUGAAGAACCUGCUGCUGGCACCAGGGAAGGGCAUCCUCUACGUGGGCUACUCCAGAGGCGUCCUGCAGGUCCCGCUGGCCAACUGCAGCCUGCACCGGAGCUGCGCUGAGUGCGUGCUGGCACGGGACCCUUACUGCGCCUGGCACAGCCCCGAGGGCUCCUGCCUGCCCGCCCACCUCGCCACCGAGAGCAGGAGUGCGUGGCUGCAGGACAUCGAGACAGGGAGCCCGGGCACCUUGUGCCAGCGUGGGAGGAGCGCAGCCAUGCCCCGAUCCUGGGGGGCACCGGAGGAUCCCGCCGUACAGGGGCUCAGCCCCCGGCUGAACGCCGUGGUGCCCCUGCCGUGCCCCCGCCGCUCUGCGCUGGCCACCUACAGCUGGCAGCAGCCCAGCGGUGCCCGGGGGCACACGGUGCUGCAGCCUGACCACACGCUGGUGGUCAUCGUGCAGCGGGGCACGGCCGGCACCUACACGUGCCAGGCCACGGAGAACGGCUACACCUGGACCGUGGCGCAGUACCAGCUGCGGGAUUUUGGCGGGGACGGGAUGGACAGGGGCACCCCCCGGUCCUACUGGCUGGAGUUUGUCACGGUGACGGUGCUGCUGGCCGUGACGCUGACCGUGGCCGCCUGCCUGGCCCUCCUCACCUACCGGGACCAGCUCCGGGCUCGCAGCAAGGUGAGGGGCUGCAGCACCCCCCACAGCCCCCCGGCCCGCCCCCGGGAGAAGGUGCCCCUCAACGGGGGCACCGGAGAGCCCCCGGCACCUGGAGCUGCCACGGAGGAAGAGGAGGAGGAUGAAGGAUCCCAGGCUUGCUGCCUGCAGCUCGAUGGGGACAUCGAUGUCGACAACAACCGGCUCCAUGUGCCAGCAGGGGACAGAGCGUGACGCUGCCAGCGGGUCAGGGAGACCCUGGGGAGGGGGUGUGGGGAGGGGGGUGAAUGUGAAGGGGUUUUGGUUUUGUUUUAUUUAAUACACCUGUUUUAACCUAAGGCUCACAUCCUGGGGCUGAGGGUGGAAUGGGGGCGUGGGUGGGACAAGAGGAUGGGAUGGGGAGUGAGUGGAGGGUGAAAGAAGGUCAUGGGGACGGCACAAAGGAGAAAUGUCCCCGUGGGACGGGGCUGGCUGGAAAUGGUGGACACUGACACCGGUAUUACCCCAGGGAACAAACCCACGUUCCAUAAAAACCUCCCCAAGGGCCAAGCUGUGCCCAGUGGGCUCCAUCAGCCAGGCCCGUGGGCACCCCCCAGCACUGCCACCUCCCCUGGGUGCUGCUGUGUGACCCCAAGUGGCAGAGCCCCCUUGUCCCUGUGUCCCCCACCCCGUGUCCCACGCCUUGGGUCUGCCCCUGGAAAGCCAAACCAGCUGUACAGUGCCCUGCUCUGCUUUUUUAUUAAAAAAGGAAAAAUCAA